AUGACGCAGCCCAUGAGGGGGGACCAGGCCCACCAGCCGGCCCCAGCCCGCAAGUCGGCCAGCCUGUCCUCACCAAGCGCGGCUCGCCGCCUGUACCGCAACUUGUCUGGAAAGUUCCGUGUGGGCAACAACCCCCCUGCCCUGGAGGACAAUGUGGUGUCAGGACGGGGAGGAGAGAAGGAGAGGCUACGCAAAACCACCAUAUUUCAGAGCAGUGAAGCUUUGUUUGAGGCUGUGGAGCACCAGGAGUUGGACUUGGUACAGCUGCUUCUCUCUCAGUACAGUCUGGAGGAGCUGGACCUAAACACCCCAAACAGUGAAGGCCUGCUGCCCCUCGAUAUUGCCAUCAUGACCAACAAUGUACCCAUGGCCAAGCUGCUGCUGCGAGCCGGUGCCAAGGAAAGCCCCCACUUUGUGAGUCUUGAGGGCCGAGCAGUGCAUUUGGCCACCUUGGUGCAAGAGGCUGAGCAGCGGGUGUCGGAGCUUCAGGCCCAGGUUCGCAGCGAAGGUCCCGGCGAGCGUGAGGGAUCUGACAGGGAGAGGCAGCUGAAGGCCUGGGAGUGGAGGCUCCGGCUCUUCCGACGCAUGCAGACGGGCUUUGAGCAUGCAAACCCUCCAGAUGCUCCGAGUGUAGUUCGCCUGUCUGUCAGCAGCAACACCAGUCUGAGGGUGGAUUUCCAGGAACCUCUCUGCGUCAACUCUGCUGUGGUUACCAAAUACAGAGUGAGUUGGAGUUGUUCUCCUUCCUUCAGUCCUCUGCUGGGCGAAAUGGUGGUGGAGGACGCCACGCUGCUACAGUGCAACAUCUCCGGUCUCACGUCUGGAACCUACUACUAUAUCCAAGUGUCAGCCUACAACAUGAAGGGCUGGGGGCCUACAUUAGUUUCCACCCCCGCCUGCGCCGCACCUUCCAGUUGGAGGGAUAUCGAUGGUCGUGCUCCCCGUCAGAGAGGCCAGAAGGAGGCGCUAGACCAGCUACUUGGCCAGAUCAAAGAAGCUCAUCGCCACUGCGUCUGCCAUGAACAGUGCAAAGCUCCACCACAGGGCAGGAAGCACUCAGUGUCCAAAAGCCUGCGCCACCUCUUUCAACCUACCAGCAAAUUUGUUAAAAGCUUGAAGAGAGGACUCUAUCUGACGUCCAUAUUCUACAGAGAUGACAAUAUCUUGGUGACUCCAGAAGACCAGAUUCCUAUUGUAGAGGUUGAAGAUUCCUACUCCAGCUCCCUCAUGCAGGACUUCCUCUGGUUUACCAAGGUAUCCUACUUAUGGGAGGACAUUUCUUGGCUGCAACAGUGUCUCAGUCCAUCCCAGUCAUCCUGUUCCUGUACUCUGCAGACACGCCUCAAGAUGCUGCAAGCUGUCUCUCAUCUACAGGGAAUGUUGGGAACCCAGGACAUUGGUCAGGUGUAUUUUGAGCCAAUCAAAGACAAGCACGGUAACGCCCUGCUGGUGCUCCUGAAGGACAUGAACGCCUGUUCGAACCUGGAUGGGGUGCGCUGGACGCCGCUUUGCAAACUCCAGCUACAACGCAAGUCCAUCUCAUCCCCAGAAGAGCCCACUGCCUUAGACAUGCUUCUCAUCACACUGCACGAGAAGCUGGCGUAUCACAGGCGGAGCAAGAAGCUGUUGUCUCCAGGCUUAUACCUAGGCUACUUGAAGCUGUGUACAUCAUUGGAGCAGAUCAGAGCGCUGGUGCCCCAGAAACUUCCCAACGUCCUCUGUCAUACCAAGAUUCGGGACAACAGCAACAUGUCCAGAGAGGAGUGGCAGUGGCUGCAGGCUCUCAGCUCUCUGGAGGAGUCGUUGGAAAUGGACAAUGAUGUACAGAGUGCUCCACAUCGCCUCCUACAGGACCUGCGCAGUGCUAUUAAGGACCUGAUGGCCCACAUCAAUGUCUCUGGCAACCAGGCACAGGACUUCCGAAUCUACAGCCAAGAAGUGGUGGAGUUCGGGGAGAAAGUGUCCUUCCUGUUCCUCCUGCCACCUUCAGAUGACGUUUGCACAGCUCCUGGCCAGAAUAACCCUUACUCCCCCCGCUCCGGCUUCCUCACUCUGCCCCUGCAGAUCUUUGAACUGGUCCAUUUUAAUGCCUAUUGCCCCAGUUUCAUCGGCCAAUACUGCAGAGUGUCAGCUUUGCUGGAGCUGGAGUCCCUCAUGUCGCAGCAGACUCUAAGAGAGGCUUUCUCUGAGGCCGAGCUCCUUGCUGCUAAAAAGAAACACCAACAAGUCCAAGAACACAUACAGCAAAUGGAGGAGGUGUGGCGAGAUGCGAGGUGGAUCAUGGAUGCUUUGCAGUACGCCCGCUAUAAGCAGCCAACAGGAGGCAUCUCUAUAAGCUGGAUAAUUGACUUUUCCAAGGAAGUGAUGCCGGACAAACCUCCCUCCACCUCCUCACAGCCAGACUUCAUGCCCUCGCCCAUGCCUUCACCUGAACCCUGCCGCAAACACUCAGACUUUGCUGGCCUGUCAGAUGAGGAAGGUUCCUCUGAAGUCUUCCUCACCACCGACAGUGACUACGACUCCAGCCGUGCCCAGAGCCCCCGCGAGCUGGACCUCUUGCCCCCUUCACCCCUCUCAUCCUCGGCACCUCUGGAGCCUCGUAUCUUCCUGCGUAGUGAUGGUAGCAGCUCAGGAGGAGGGAUGUGUCUCGGCAGUGGUGGACACGGAGGGGGAGCCCUAAGGGAUUCCACGCCAGACGUCCUCCAGGCGUCCGAACCGCAGCACGGGAGGGAAGUUGAAAGGUGCGGAGGAGGGGGAGGAGUUCGGUGUGCAGGGGAAAGGCGGAGGGGGGCGCCGGAGCUGUUCGACAGUGACUUCAUCUUGCCCAGCAGGCAGAUCGAGCUUUUACACAUCACAGAGAAGAGACAGGCCUUCUGUGUGAGAACCAGCAGCCUGGAGUUCCCCUCCACCACCUCUGCCCACCACCAGCCUUACUCCUACCACACCACUUGCCCCUCGUCCUCCACCUCACCACAGCGAAGGUGGCACCGGCCCUCUUCAGUAGACCGCUGUUGCUCAGCUGAGCGCUGCCUACCACACCUUCCGCCGGCACGCACAUUAUCAGAGGACAGCGGCACCCAGAGGCUCUCCUCACCAUCACCUGCUGCCCUCAGGAAAGGCUGUCACACCACACUCAGAGUGUACCCCCAGUACCGCACAGGCCUGCCAAAGGAGACCAGUGUCAAGCUUUGUGUAACUCGAGGCACAUCAGCGCGGGAGAUGGUCCAGCUGGUGGUGCAGGAGAUGAACGUGGUGUCUCGGCGAAUGCUGGGCAGCAGCAAAAGCAGCAGUGAACAAGAGCAGUGUGUGUACUACAGUCCUGAACAAUUGAAGCACUUUGGCCUUGUUCUGGUUGUGGACAACAGGGAAAAGUGGCUUCAAGAUGACUUCUGUCCUCUGGAGCUGCAGAAUCCCUGGCUUAGGGGCAAGCUGUGCGUUCGCAUUAAAGAGUAUUCACCACUAGCACUCAAACACAGCCGGGCCACUACAGUGUGA